GCGGCGGCGCCAGCAUGAAGUCGCUGAUCUUGAGCCGCUUCUUGGUGCUGCUGCCUUGGGUGCUGCUGGUGAUCCUCAUGCUGGACAUGGACGGCGGCAACCGGCCGCCCCGUCCGUCGUCGUCCCAUCUCGCCCGGCGGCCGCAGCAGCCCGCGCUUCGCCAGGAGGCGCCUCGGUGGCGGGAGGCCGAGCUGCAGCAGCUGCCUCUCAUCUAUGCCAUCACGCCGACCUACAGCCGGCCGGUCCAGAAAGCCGAGCUGACGCGCCUGGCCAACACCUUCCGGCAGGUGGCGCGCUUGCAUUGGAUCCUGGUGGAGGAUUCGGCGAUCGGCACCGAACUGGUCAGCCGUUUCGCCGCGGGGCUCGGCCGAGGGGGCGGCCCGCCCUGCACCCACCUCCACGUGCUGACGCCGCGCAGGUACAAGCGGCCGGGGCAGCCCAGGGCCACGGAGCAGCGCAACGCGGGCUUGGCCUGGAUCCGCCAGAGGCACCAACAUUUGCCGGCCCCUCAGCCGGGGGUGCUUUUCUUCGCCGACGACGACAACACCUACAGCCUGGAGCUCUUCGAGGAGAUGCGUACCACUAGCAAAGUCUCUGUAUGGCCCGUAGGGCUAGUGGGGGGCCGACGCUACGAGCGCCCAAUUGUGGAAAAAGGCAAAGUGGUUGGCUGGUACACUGGCUGGCGGGCAGGUAGGCCUUUCGCCAUUGAUAUGGCAGGGUUUGCUGUAAGCCUUCAGGUGAUUUUAUCCAACCCCAAAGCUGUAUUUAGACGCCACGGCUCACAACCUGGGAUGCAGGAAUCUGACUUUCUGAGGCAGAUUACCACAAUGGAGGAACUGGAGCCCAAAGCCAGCAACUGCACAAAGGUAUCAGUGUUGUUAUUUCCACAAUGGACGUUAGUCCCCAGAAGUCAACGUGUGGAGAAUCAAUGCCAACUAAUGUUUUUGUUCAACUUUUUCCAGGUUCUCGUAUGGCAUACCAGAACAGAAAAGGUAAAUCUAGCUAAUGAGCCAAAGUAUCACCUGGACAAUAUCAGAAUUGAAGUGUGACCCGUCGGCCUAAAUGGGACAUGCCAUAAUUAACGGAUGCGUCAAGACAUGCUUACCAUAUUCAGACUGUACAAAUUGCUAUUGUACAACUGCAGCCUUUGGCAGCCUAAUGGAAGACUACUGGCAUAUAGCUGAAGACGUGUCUACUUAGGCUUCACUUACUUUGCAUGCAUUUCUCUGUCCUGCUUUAAUUUUCUAACUGUUCCCAUUUCCUUUACACAUGGUUCAGUGAAGAGGUGGUAAUGCACUGAAAAGUUAUUAGUCUAAAAAAAAGAGAAGCUUUUACGCCGUGGCUUCCAGGUUUAUUCCUGAAUUUAAAAAGUAUUGUUUUUAAAGAAUAGACACAAUUCUUAUAGAAUAAAAUAAUUACACAA